AUGAGUGACCAUCCCAAACCCUGGACCGAGGCUGCGCCUCCCAGCCCCGGUCGCCCGACCAAAAAACCCUGCACGAUCGAUACGCCACCCCACCAUUCCGCGAUGGACGAUAACGAUUUCUACGACACACCCGCGACCACGGUGUACCAUCCGGUCCAGACGACUGACGAGAGCACUGCUCCUACGAGUGCUCCCAUGAGUGCGCCGGGUGUGCCUACGACUCAAGUUCAUUCUCCCGUCAACGACACUCUUCGUCUCCCGGGCUUAUACCUGAUCGAUAACCCCAACCCUCAGCAAGCCCAGCCAAGCGAGCCAUUCACGACGAAGCAAAAGACAGAGACUCCAACCGUUUACUCCGAGACAGGUGAAACGAGCACCAAGGCAGAAGAAGGUAGCACAAUGGCUAAGGCAGCGGAUCCCGUAACCGUGCUAGCCAAGCAAGAAGCCAAUGAUGAGAGCUCUGCAAUCCGUACAAACCCUGGGGAUACGAUGGAGGUUGAUCAGAAACCUGAAGUUAGCCCUAAUGUUGCGGACGAUGGGAUGAUAGAGCGAGCCGACAAUGAGAAUGAGGAAGAGGAGGAACAUCCUGAGUGGGAGGUCGACUCGUCUCCGUACGAGUCCUCCUCCUCCAGCUCAUCGGACUCGGAUGACAGCAGCGAUGAUAGUGACGAUGGAGAUUAUCCAAUUCUAACUGCCGAGGAACAGGCUCGUAUCUUGAUUCAGGCUGAGGCCGGAUCCGAUGACGAAGGAGAAGGCAAGGGUAAAUCGGGUGGAUAUAUGCGUUCAGCCAACGAGACCGCGCAGGAUGCUCUGCCCAUCCCAGACAUCACGAUUACUCCUGAAAUGCCCAUCACGUAUCUGGGAAAGGUCUUGACGGUCUUGGAAAAUGCAGUCCUUGUCGAAGCCAACACCUCGGGAGAAUUCUCAGUUCUUGAGUCGGGCUCAUUGCUCUGUUCCGAAGAUCGCAAGGUUCUGGGAGUCGUGACUGAGACCCUGGGCAGAGUCGAGAGACCUCUGUACACUGUCAUGUACUCGACAGCGGCUGAGGCAAAAGAGAGGGGAAUGGAAAAGGACCUGGCUAUCUAUUACGUUCCCUCUCACUCCACCUUCGUCUUCACACAGCCUCUGAAGGGCCUCAAGGGCAGUGAUGCGUCAAACUUCCACGAUGAGGAGGUCGCCGAGGAUGAGAUGGAAUUCUCGGAUGAUGAAGCAGAGGCCGAAUACAAGAAGAAAUUGAAGCAGAAGCGACAGGAAAGAAAGGACGCGAAGGAUGGUGGCGCUGGACGCAACAAAAGAGGCCCGGCAGGUCCCUCCAAGCUGAGCCGCACCGAACUCAACUACGACGACGGAGGAGGCGAGGAUGGCUACACCCCUCUCGCCCGUCCGCAGAACCUCCAUGAGAUGAUGGGAGCUCGUGAAGCACCUGUCGAAAGUAGCGAGCGUGGUCCUGCACACCGCGGUGGCAGAGGUCGCGGCCGUGGCUCUGAUCGUGGUCGAGGUGGUCGGGGCCGCGGUGGAGGUCGUCGAGGCUCUUUCGAGCGUGAUCAGGACCGUCGGCCUCGCAGCCAACAUGGAGGUAGCUCGCAGCACGCUCCCCCUGCGGCCGCUCACCCCCAGCCUGCUGGAUACACCCAGCCGACUUAUCCUCCCCAGCAGUCUCCCUACGCGAUGCCGCCACCCUAUGCGCAAUACCAGCAGUAUGCUCCGCAGCAGCAACCCCAGUUUGGCCAAGGCGCGGCUCCGGCUCAAUACCCUUUCCAAUUUCCCCUCCAGCAGCCUUUUGUUCAGCCGAAUGCCUUCCAGGGAAUCCCCGCCGGUGCGCAUGUCAACCCUGCUCUCUUGGCUGCACUGCAGCAGCAGCAGCAGCAGCAGCAGCAGUACCAGCAGUACCAGCAGUACCAGCAAUACCAGCAACCCCAGCAACCCCAACAGGCUCAGCACCAGAACCCAGCCUUGAACUUUGACCAGGUCAAAGCCCAGCUGGAGAUUUUGCGCAACUUGAACAACAACCAGGGACCGCCUCCUUCCUGA